UUAUUUACACUUAAAUGUUGCGGUUAUUAGUAUUCUAUCUUUAUUUUUCGUCAUUUAUACUUUCUGAAUAAAUUAUGUGAGAAUGCUCAUCAAAACUCAUUGGUGUUAAUUUUCAAUCCAUCACGAUAAAAUAAUAAUAUCAAAAUCAAAUUACAGGAGGCUAUUCAUGUGGUUUGCUUAUUUUCCACGAAUGGUGCACUAACAUCAUGUGGUUUAUUAUUAUAUUUUGUUUUACAUAUGUAGCACUAUCUACAACAAUACAAAUAAUUGCUAUUGUGACAUCUAGUGGACACAUUUAGAACAGCAGUUUAUUUUCAUUCGAAAAUGUCUGAUCAUUUCACUUUUUAUGUAUUCAACCCAAAGGCUGGGUUAUUUUUAACUGCAAUGCUGGGUCAAUUGUACCAACUUAAUGGGUUAUUUUAAUGUGUUUAGUUGUCUCUGCAUGCAGAGGCUAAUAUUGCAACUUGUAGUAUCCAACAUUUGUUUUGUAGUCUGAAGAUCAUAAUGAUUUAUGUUUCCUACAGGAAUGAGUAGUUUUUAAACUGUUCGCCAUCUUUCCUUUGCAGACCAAAUUCACCACCAUAGACUUUGUGUAUGAAGAUUUUUUUUUUUUAUAUAUAUAAUCAAUCAUAAGAAAUUGUUAUGAGUGAUUUCGAUUUUGAACUGCUUUUCACGAACAGUGAACCAUACAACUAGGUUACUGGUUGGACCACAACAACUAACCAACUCCUUAGGAAUAACUCAUAAAAAUGACCCAGAAGGUUCAACCCAGCGUUUGGGUAGAAAAAUUCAACCAGCAAUUUUUGUGUGUAGAAUAUGUCAAAGCUUUACCGUGACCACAGUUUGAGACAAAGAAACACUGGUGUGUUGUUUUUAGAACUGUGACUCUUUGGGCACCGCACAAUUCGAUUUGAUUAUUCGGUGUAAUUGUACAAAAGACUGUGUCUGUAAUGCUCUUUUUUUCUUUUUGUGUCAUUGGGUUGCUUGAGUGUAGUUUCCCUUUUACGACACUGGAGGGGGCAUUGAAUGCAUCAUUACAACAGCUAGUUGUCAUAGUGACGGUGAACUUCGACGUCAAUUGUUUAAUCGGCAAUGUGCGUCAAUACAAAUUUGACGGCUCCUCUCUGGGAAUGGACACCGGCGUGCAGCGGAAAGACAACCAGGACGUGUUCGCCGACGCCGAGCGCUCGUCGGUGCCUGCACAGUUCGGCCACGAAGGAGCCCCCGCCACGCUCAAAACCGAAGCCUCCAACUCGGAAUACGCUUUUAACCCCUGCGAGGGUCCCAAAGACACAUACGCCCCCUCCGCGCUCGCCUACUCCGGCAGCUUCUACGUGGAGGCGUCUCAGGGAGCGCCGUGCACCACCGAGACCCUCCUCAACAUGAUCACCGAGAUCGUGGGGAUAUCCACCGCGCCGCUCUCCGAGGCCCAGCAUGGCGCCAACAGCCGGGGGGCCUCCUACACGCCGCCCGUGGACGUCGCCCACUUCGGGGACGUCAAACGGCAACCGUUCGCCGACCACCAGACGGGGUUCGCCCAGGACCAGGCCGACCUCCCGGCUCCGGAGGCCUCCACGUCCCAGCUCAGCUUCCUCCAGACCAAAGCCGAGCCCAAGCCCGAGGCGGCCUCCUUCCCGGUGGUGGUCAAGAACGAGUUCGAGAGCUACGAGUGGGGGGCGUUCAAGUCGGACUGUUUGGAGAGCAGCUUCCAGACCGAGACCUUCCCCAUGUCCAACGACUUCCCGCCGGAGCAGCAGAUGGACGUGAAGGAGCUUCUGGACACCUUCCCCGCCAUGUGCCCGAACCCGGAAGUGGAGUUCAAAGUGGAGGGGGGCAUCAAGCAAGAACCCUGUUUCUCCGACACCUGCUCCCAGAGCUACGCUUACAACGGGUACCUCCCGGCGCCCGUCCUGAAGCCGUACCCGGACCCCUCUCCGGCGCCCAAUCAAGUCGACUCCAUUUACGCAUCCCCUGCCCUACCCAGCACCAUAGACUCCAUCCUCUACUCCUCCUUGCUGUCGGAUUCAUUCGUGCAGAGCUACACCACUCGCGCCAACACCGCCCCCGCCCCGGUUGCCGCCGCCACCACCUCCAAGCCCCCCAGGGCCCGCAAGACCCCCGCCGCCUCCUCCGCCCACGGCCCGGCCAAGGAGAAACCCUUCACCUGCCCCAUGGAGAGCUGCGACCGGCGCUUCUCCCGCUCGGACGAGCUCAACCGGCACAUCCGCAUCCACACGGGCCACAAGCCCUUCCAGUGCCGCAUCUGCCUGCGCAGCUUCAGCCGCAGCGACCACCUGACCACGCACACCCGGACUCACACCGGCGAGAAGCCCUUCUCCUGCGACGUGUGCGGCAAGCGCUUCGCCCGCAGCGACGAGCGCAAGCGGCACGGCCGGGUGCACCAGAAGCAGAAGGAGAAGAUGGAGCUGAAGCCACAGGUGACUCCGACUCCCAGCGCCUGGCCCUUCGCGCUCUCCGAGGGCAUUUGAAGACGCGGUAGCGCCGCCGCGAUUUUUACGACCCCCACCCCUCUCCCUAGUGCUUAAAGACGGUGGACGCUGGAAGGCGGGAAUUGACAGGGAAGGGUCCCGCUACGCCCUGGUCACCCGAGGCCGAAUUGAAGCAGGCGUCACCAGGUUGUGAAAGUGGGCGAGCAAGCCGACAAUCACGUGUCGCUGCCACUUCUAAGUCAGGGCGACCUCUUUUGCUAUGCGGGUUCUGCAUGGCUGCGGUUCAGCACCACACAUCUGGACAGCUCCUACUUCCAUCCUCUCAUCCAGGCUGGGUUGCACUUGAUUUUUAUUCAGAUUGCUCUAUUUUUUUUUUUUCUCCUGCUUUUUAGAAUAGUGGCAAUUAUUGUGCAUGUUUUACUUUCCUUUUUUCAACCUGGAACAUGGUAACCCUUCGACCGGCUCCCCGCAGCCAGGGCUAUGAAUAUGAAUGUAAGCUAACAUAUUUAUGGUUUUAGCCAUGGAUCAAACUUAGUGUUUGUUUACUCUUAUUUAGCUGUCAGUGUUGGCUUUUGUGUCGUUCAAAUUGUGAAAGAUAUAUCAUUAAUGGGAAAUAAAUAUAUUUGUAUUACUGUACUUCCUUGUAUUUUUAUAGCUGAGUGUAUAUUUUACAUCUAUCACGUUUCAGCCUCAUUUUGGGGGCGAAAUGUUCGACAAAUCUUCAAUAAUGUGUUGGUUUUUGAGGGCUAUUGUUCGGUAACUCAGUAUUUUAAAAUGUUUUUGCACUUCAUCCCAUUGUUGGUACGAUUAUGACGGAUUAAAAAAAAAUGGAGGGUGGGAGGGAGCAGAAUGUGCACUGAAAUUUCAGGAAAAUGGUUUUACAUGUACAGAAAUAUGUCAAGCUAGCACCGACUAGCGAAUAAUAUGAACAAUUGCUUUUGAGUAAUCAGGUAGCACACAUUGCUGCGAGGUUGAAGGACUUUUGACGCGGUAUCUUCUGCCUGGAAAGUUGACAGUUUGGUGAAAUUGUCACUGACAGGGUAUUGAGAAAAAAAAAAAAAGAAGAAAAAAAAGUUAUUUAACUGGCCUUAAGUUAUAUUAACUGUUCAUAUAAAGGUUUUGUACAUAUGCGCAGUUUCUACAAUACACUACGUUGAUAUUGAUGUUGUUAUUUUUAUGAAGAUGACAAACAAAAAUAAACAUUUUCUGCCAGCUGCAA